UGCCUAAUAGAUGAAUAUAAGUUGGAUGUGUUUAUGUUUUGGUUAAAACUAUUUCCCCUUACUCUGAUUUUUACACGACAAGCGUCUGGAAAGCCACCAAACAUGGAUAUUCUAAGACAAUUUCAGAACAUUUCUUGGUGUAAGCCAGACUGGUGUUUCCCGAGCAUGAGCAAGGAGACAAAUGAGCUGUUACGUCAAUGCACAGAUCUGCCGAAGCUUGAGUACUCGGAUGAUGUCGAUGAAACUAUCAAGAGGAGCAAAGCUUUUCCCAUACCAUUUCCUAUUGAAACUGUCAGGCUAGAAAAGUUGAAGGUGCGUCGCCCAGUAGAGAAGCUCAAGAGCAACAUAGCCUCCACAUAUCCCCUCAUUCACGAGCGGGUGCUGCUGUUGAUGACUCAUUUCCUCAUUUACAAGAGAGAAUUCGGCUCCAGUAUUGAGAAAGCGCUGUACAACGACAUGACCGUACCAGAUCUGAUAGACAGGAUACUCAAAAAGAGGGCCGUCACGUUCAUGGGGCCGCAUGACACGUAUAAACUAAUGUCAGGCGAGGAGGGUCACGAAGGCUGGGAGGCAGUGGGCACGCUGCAUCAGAAGCCGCCAUUGGUCCUCGAGAACUGUUUGAGCUACGAUGAAAUGAAGAUAGCUGCGUUUGUGUACGUCAGCGGUUAUACGGAGUGCAUCAAUAAUGGAAGUAGGAAGAAUAAGGGGGUUAUUAGUGAAGAGGAUGCGGAAAGAGAUGCUGUUAUUAUAGGUAUCGUGGGCCCUCGUUUCGAACGCCGGGGCCGAAUGGACUACGAAGACAUCCUCAUUACUGAACAGCAGAACUGCUUAGAGAAUGGAUAUGGGGAAGAGGUGACGCCCACGACGUGCCUCAACGUUUUGAAGACGACGUAUGUACGCAACAACCAGUCGGCACGGCAUAUGUGGAGGCAGAUGUUCUCGGAGUUUUACCAGGUACACAGCUACACCCACGAAGAGCUAACCUCCUACGUGAACAUCGAAGACAAACCCGAGGACAGACGCUACAUAGACCGCUAUGUCAAAGUGCACGACAUGAUAUUCGACAAUGAAGUGUACUACAAGAGGAUCAGCGUCACUGCGGAGUGUGUGCUACAUGAGGCCGAGGAGCGGGCGAGGGGCGCGGGGAGGGACGCGUUCGUUAACGUUAUAGGGGCUGGCCUAGGCGUAUGGAAAGUGUCCGCCCAUCAGCCCGACGUAUACAUUCUGAGCUUCUUGGAGAGGAUACGCUCGUUCUUAAAGAAGGACCUGUUGAACCACGUCACUGACGUCAAUUUCGCGUACAUCCAACCCAGCGCCAGCAUUUUAGCAUUAUUUACAAAUGGAACAGAGGAGGGGAGUACAGAGAAAAGAAUAUUCUUUGAAAGCAAAAGGCAUCCUAAAGGUGGCAUAAACGUGCAGCUAGAAAACCGGGAACCGUCAGCGAAGCUAACGGGCGAACACGAGGGUAAGCUGCUAGUCAUGACGUAUCCGUGGGACGGAAACGCGCACCCUGGCAACGAAUUUUGGUUGGGCAGCCUGUCGGCGUCUGGCGACCCGGCGGCCGCGUGCUCGACGCAGGUGUCGGAGUUGCACAACGCGCACGUCAACCCGCGCGUCUCCGGGCGUGACGCGCGGGUCGCCUGCAGGUUGGGAGUGCCGUCGCUCGCUCACUACUGCGAGGCGCUGUCACACUAGAGGUAAGGUUA